AUGGACGCUCUAGGAGCGUUUUCUUAUCUGUCGGACAAUGCACCCACAUGGAUUGGUCAGCUUUCUGAUCUAGCUAAUCACACUGCCGCCAAACACGCCGAUUACGCCAAUGCCUACAAACGACACGCCGCUCAGAGAAUCCGCCGCCGCAGGAGCAGCUCCAUCUGCUCCAUUCGCACGGAUGACUUGAACUCGACACUUUCCAAUACCGAGAGCCCGACCCUCUCAUCUGGACCUGCAGCUAGAGAAGGAACUGCAAUCACCACUCCAAAUACCUCCCAAAAUCAGCCGAACUCGAACCCUCGGAAACGCGGAGCCGACGAGGCACCCUCGGUGGACUCGAGUGAUGGGGACAUCUUCGUCAGUACACGGCAUAACCUCAUCAUCGAGUAUGAUGGACACACACAGAAGACCUUGGAGGAAAUGGUCCGCAAUAUUGGGACUGCCCGCAACAACAUUCGAAAAGGAAAGAUGUCACAGCUGCGCACAUCCGGAUAUCGCAGUUCCAUGAUGAGUCGCGGUCCAAGGAUGUCCCCAAUCACUUCUUCGCUCGCAAGCCCUAUCUCAACGGAGGAUGACCUUUUGACCAGCAUCCGUCAUGCUCGGAGACAAGGACCCCCGGCGUCCCGAGCCCCGGCCGCGUCGCAGGCGUCUCCCUUUGAUGCCGCAGAGAAACAGCUGGAGGUUGUCCAUGGACUGUGUGAAACCGCCGCCUACCAUUUCCUCCGGGCGGGCGACUGUUCAACGGACUUAAGCACGGUGAAGCAAAAGCUUCAGGAUUUGCUCGACCUGGCCACCAAAGAAGUGCACCGACUCAAGGCAGAGCAACCACACGGGGCUGAGAUGCCGGAGGAGAAGAAAGCACCAAUGCUUGAGCCACUACCUGCCCCAACAAAAACAACCACGGACGGUGGACAUUUCGUAACAAAGAUGGAUACCAUUGAGGUGGAUGACGGAUCUGACUCGGUCGAGUCCAUUGACUUGACGGUCUUUCGAUCCAGCCGGAUCCGCCGAUAA